UUUUCUGCCUUUAAAAAUCCAAAAAUGUCAAAAAGCCUUCCUUUUAAAAUUUUCUUCACUUUAUUUAUUUUUUGCUCAUUUUAUGCUUCAGUUACUCCUAAAGAACAACAUUUUUUUGAAUGGCCAGAGGAAAGUAGUAGUAAAAGUAUUGCUUCAGUUGCUGAAAUGCCUAGAGAAGACAUUACAUUGUUCUUUCAACGACUAGCGUCAGGGCAUGUUGGAACAACCACCAGAAACUUUCGUUACGGACAACGAAACAUUGAAAGAAGUGAAGAAGGGAAAUCUUCCAAAAGAAGAAAAAUUAUUGUUCGCCCUCUUGUAAACGCUGUCCUUCACGGGAGUGCUUCCACUUCCCUGCCUAACACAAAAAUUUCAAUAACAAAUCCCCCUCCAACAACCUCAACAAAAACAACAACAACAAUAUUACCCUCAUCUUCCACCAAAAAUUUAAAAGAAACAUCAAAAAAUGAAAGAAAAAUUGCCAAAAGUUUGAAGGAAAUGGGGUGGAUUGUAUUUAUUGUAAUUAUUGGGGUAUUCUUCUCGUUGGCUACAACGAUUGGGAAUGCUCUUGUAAUGCUUUCAAUUUGUGUUGAUAAAAAAUUACAAACAAUUUCCAAUUAUUUUCUUUUUUCGCUAGCUGUAGCUGACCUUACUAUUGGGGCAAAUGAGACUUGGACCUUUGGAUAUUCUCUUUGCCAAUUUUGGCUCUGUAUCGACUAUUUAAUGUGCAAUGCUUCAGCUCUCAAUUUGUUGUUAAUUAGCUUUGAUAGAUACUUUUCUGUUACUCGUCCUCUUACUUACAGACCAAAGAGAACAACAAGAAAAGCUUUAAUUAUGAUUUCUUGUACUUAUACAAUAUCCCUUUUAUUAUGGCCACCGUGGAUAGUUUUAUGGCCAUAUAUGGAAGGCCGUUUUAUUGUUGAAGAAAGUUCUUUAUGUGUUGUUCAGUUUUUGGUAUUGGGUGAUACUAGAACGUGGCAAAAUCAAUUAGCAACCUUGUUCACGUCCGCAGCAGCCUUUUAUAUUCCAGUAACGCUAAUGAUUGUUCUUUACUAUAAAGUUUAUUUGGAAACACGCAGACGUCGAAAGGAGUUGAGGAAAUUACAGGCUGGACAACAACAACUCUUUCCAUCCUCCUCCAAAUUGGCAAACACCCCAGCACUUCAAUCCUUGCUACUUCCAUUAGCUCCAUUGAUUAGAGGUCUACAACCACCCCCACCACCCCCAACAACUUCCCUAUCGGAAAUAUCAACUUUAAUUCCCAACAAUAAUUUAAAUUCUUCAUUAAAAUCACACACUUCAACAACAAAAAUUAAUUUUUUGGAUAUUUUAAUUGGGAAUAAUAAACAACAACAAACAAGUUUAUAUAAUGAUGGAAAUUGUGUUAAAAAAAAACGAGAACGCUUCUCCCUUCUAAAAUUCUGUACAGGACGUAAUGUAACAACCCAAUCCUCUUCAGAAUGUAUAUCCACAGAAGAUUCUGUUGGCGUGUUGGGAGGGGAUGAUGGGGGGAUUGGAGGGGAAGAAGAAGAAACUUGUGGAUUGACUACUUCAAAUUUAGAUUCCAUUAUGGCAGAACAAACAGCUAUUGAAUUGGCUAAUAAUUCUUGUGGGGAUGGAGGGGAAUUUAGACAACACGAAAAUUGGGAAAGUAUAAUUGUUGCAAAAGCAGCAGAACGUAGAGAAGCUUUAAUUGAGGAGGAAAGAAAGAAAAGUCAACAACUUUUACAAUUUCAAUACCAUAAAGGAAGUUCUUCAACAAUACCUGUUGGAAGUUUUAGAAGUAUUGGAAGUGGAAAAAUGCCUAUAGUGGAGUUGGAAAGGACUUCACGUCCAUCUUCUGUUCAUACUUACAAUUCCAUCGUAAUAAUUGAAUAUCCAGAAGGAAAUGAAGGCAACAAUAAAGGUGGGGGAAUAAUAACAAGCCAACGACCUUCUGUCCGCCUCUCAUCUCAAGCAGAAGUAGAGUCCCUAAGUACUCGAAAUUCUGUAGAACGCAAAUUUGUUGAAAAGGAAGACUUGAAAGAGUUGAAGGAAUCUCCAAGUUUGGAAGAACAACGUCGUCUAAGACUUGUAAAGAGUGCCCCUGGGGGAAGGGGAGGAUCUCUUCGUUUAAAUAAUAAUAACAAUAAUUUUUCUUCAUCAUUUACCCAACAACAACAACCUAAUGGUGUUUUAAUGCGUAAAAGUGAAAUACAAAUGAUUAGGGAAGAACAAAUGAGACAGAGCGAAAAAGAGCGUCGUCGAAAUGAAAGAAAACAAGAAAGUAAGGCAGCCAAAACACUUUCCGCUAUCCUUUGUGCCUUUAUUAUUACCUGUACUCCUUAUCAUGUUAUUGUCUGUUUGGAAGCUUUUUAUCCAAAUUCUGUGCCAAUUUCGUUAUUUACUAUUAGCUAUUUCCUUUCAUAUAUAAAUUCAACAAUCAACCCAUUAUGUUAUGCUUUAUGUAAUGCUCGUUUUCGAAUGACUUAUAUGAGAAUAAUUAAUUGUAAAUGGUGGGGGAAUAGAAGGAGGCACAGCAGUAAUUUAAAUACUUCAACGCCUGCAGCUACUGCCGCUUUUUUACAUCAUCAUAGACAAAUGAGGGAAAGUAGAAGACGGGGAUUACUCAAAGGGAGGCAGAGAACUAAGUAG